AUGCCCGCACCUUCCAACCCACAACCUUCUUCAGUAUCUGAUGAUCAAAUAAUUUCUCACUCGGAAGAACACUCACAUUACUCGGAAAUCAAUGGUCCUGGCGUUUCUUUGCCCAACCACCACAAUCUAGACAAAACACCAGAGGCUAGUUCCAUUGACUUGGCGGUGGAUGACCUUGGGAGAGGUGUGCAGGACAUCAGUUUUACUCUGAAAAAGCACAACGAGGGCGCCGGCUCUCUAAUUUCUCACCAAGAUCAUGGCCUGCUUAAGCGGGAGAAUUCAUUUGAGGAUGAUCGCACACAUCUUUCCACCUCGUCUACCAAAAUGACCAACUUCGAUUCGAAAAGUCUUGCCUCUGUGACAACCUUUGCCAUGGAUGAAAAAGACUCUGUACGACCUGAUGACAGCGCGAGCGUCCAAGCUAUCGAUGAAGAAGAGUCUCUCUCUGGGCACGCUUCUGGUGCACCAAACUCAGUAGCAGGCUCUGAAGCUGGCAGUCGUGCGUUCCGCGAGCAGUUCCGAGAUGGUAUUCCUACACGCUCACGUGGCAUCUUGCCUGUCCCCGGUCCUUUGUUCAAUGGCUCACAGCCAGUCAACGGGACGAUACCCCCGGAUUCAGUCGCGAACAAUUUUGUCAUGCCAGCCAAUCCAGACAGCAUUCAAGAUGGUCAGAAUCUCCAUGGAUAUCCUCUUGAGCCUGACGAGAAGCUUUUGGAGGCAAUGAAAUCACCCAAAGAUCGACUGUUAAUUCUACAGCUGGAGGAAAAGAUACGAUGCUUCAUCAAGAAUUGCACAGAGCAAUCCUUAGAACUGCCACCCUCCAACGCAUUUGGACGUCUUCUUGCCCACAAGCUUGGAGACUAUUAUCAUCUCACCCAUUUUGUUGAUAAUAAUGUCACCUCAGUCAGGCUUCAUCGCACGCCCUUCUGCCGACUACCCCCUCCCUUAUCUGCUGUACAUGCUGCCAGCAAUACUACCCCGCCUCCAGUUGUUCCAGCAAUGAAAAUCAUGCGACGAAAUGACGGAGGGCAAUUUGACGGAAGUAUGGGGGGCUCCUCAAACCCCUCAAAGGCCAAUUCGGAUGACGGUGACAGUGGGCCGGACGGAGAACGCAAUGGCUCUUCAUCUGGCGCUGCCCCUGCCAAAGAUCGGAUGGCGUUAACACGGGAAGAACGGGAGGCAAAAUACCACCAAGUACGCGAGCGGAUUUUCCGUGACUUCCCUGACUCUGCAAAGUCAGAGCCGACCAGUGGUGACUCAAAUCAAGACGUCUCGCGCUCUAGCUCCACAAACGGUCGCAAAAAGAACCCCAAGCAAAGGACCCCUGUUGAUGAUAGCUUCGAGGUUCGUUCUCAAUUCGAAAUCUGGUACCCUGGAGUACAAUACGGCAAUGGUCCAGCUUCAUACAAUACGCCAAUGAACGAAACCUCGACUGCCAACCAGGUACCCUACCUGGUUGGACCAGGUGUACCACCACCAGCGGGUGGCUACCUGCCAUCAGGGCAAACAGGUGCUAUACACUCGGGUCAAAUGCCAAUGAACGGACCACCGCAGUAUCCAGCUACAAUGUCACCUCAAAUGCCACCUAACGGCUCCUGGCAAGGUGUUGCCAUGCCACAGCAAUCGCCCUAUCCUGGAUACGCUUCAAUGAACCAGCCGGGGAUGAUGAACCAGCCGUCUUCGAACGCGUCCUCGCCAGCAGUGAGUAACUACGCUGUGCCCAAUCCCGCACCAUACCAACAAACCCCGAACUGGAACACCGCGCCCUACCAGCCGCAUUUCCAGCAGUCCCCACAGCAGCGAACUGGUCCUCCUGUCCAUUGGCCCAACUACCAACAACCUACGCCCUCUAACAUGCAACCCAACAUCGGUUCUAACAUGCCGCCCCAUAUGGGCACCAACAUGGGUGGAUAUCCUUAUGCUCAAUAUCCGGGUCAGCAUAUGAAUCAUGCAUUCCAGAACUCUUCUGCGACUCACCCCAUGCAGCCUGCAUAUCCUCGGUCACACUUCAACCCACAGACACGGUCAUUCGUCCCUGGUGGAGUUCCAACUGGGCGUCACCCGAGCCGACCUCCACAAAACUCGCAGUACGGCCUUAUGCAACCAGGACCCCAGAGCCAGUGGAACGGGUAUAGUGAAGCUACUGUCGGUCGACCUAUGGACCCAACACGGAUGCCCACGGGCCCCCGGGACUCAAUUGCCAAAUGGGGGACACCAUCCCACCUUCCUCCCAAACCUCCCCCAUCAGAGGUCCCGUCGGAUUUCAACAUGAAAAACCGAUCUGUCCCAGCGUCCGUACCUGCACACGUGCCAAUGUACGUCAACAACACAGCGCCCAACGGACCGCUUGUGGUCUCAGGGGGCGUCGCCCUCCCAAAACAGAAUUAG